UUUCAAGUUUGUUUACGUUUCAAUAUUUUUAUUCAUUCUAAACUUCAUUUUAUUAAAUAAAGUGCCUUAAAUCAUUAAUUAACGUGCUCUAUGUAAUUAACAAGGUUCUAUACUAUAUAGACAACACCGUACAUUCCAAAUAAAGCAAUGACUUCCAGUACAAUAGACCAUUUAGACCUGACAAAAUUACCAGUGACUGAAAAAACAAAACUAUGUGCAAUUCUCGAUCAGAAUGAGUCAUGGAUGCAACUAGCGAAGCUUAUGAUGUUUCCGGAGUUUGAAAUAUUUGAUAUGAAAACAGAAGCAGAUAGAAAGAGGAAAUCCACAUCAGAAGUUCUUCUAGCCAAAUGGUCACGUCAUGGACAUAAUGUAACAGAACUAUUCAAGCUGCUAGCGCUCAUGCAAGAUUAUCAAGCAAUGGAAACAAUCAAGAAAUGUGUGGAUGUUCGUUAUCAUGUUUGGAUCAAGCCAGUUCCGCCCCAUUUGACUAGAUUGAUAAAUAAGGAAGCAUCAAUUAAAAUCAACAAUGCAAAUGAAAACGCACAGCAGAGUCAAAUAUUCGCUACGCAAAAGAAUAAUGAACAAAAUAAUAAUAAUAAUAAUCAAGUUCCAAAAGCUGAUUUUAGGGAUAAUUUGAAAGACUUGCUGAAUAUUCCAGAAAUACCAAUUGAAGAACUAGCACAAGCUACAGAUAAUUGGUCUGAGAAGAAUGUAUUGGGAAAAGGUGGUUUUGGAACUGUCUAUAAAGGUGAAUGGCUGUCUACAAAAGUUGCAGUCAAGAAGCUUGAAUACCGAGAAAGUAGAUCAGGAACAUCUCGUGACUACUUAAUGCAAAGUUUGAAUGAAUUAAGACACUUGAACCACUGUAGACAUGACAAUAUUUUACCAAUUUAUGGAUAUGCUAUUAAAGAUGAAACAUGUCUCGUUGUGUACCAAUAUUUGGCAGGAGGAAGUUUGGAAGAAAGAUUGUCAAGGAAGAACUACAGAGAAUCUCUAACAUGGCUUCAACGAUGGAAUAUCUCAAAAGGAACAGCAAGAGGUCUCCAGUAUCUUCAUCGAUUUAGUGUUAAGCCAUUGAUUCACGGAGAUAUUAAGCCAGCAAAUUUGCUCCUUGAUACAUGCUGUGAGGUAAAAAUUGGCGAUUUUGGACUGACUAGAGAAGGUCACAAACAAGAUGACUACCAAGAAUUAUCUAGAGUCUUUGGAACAAGACCAUACCUACCACAUGAAUUCCUUAACUCACAUCUCUUCUCUACAAAAAUUGACGUUUUUAGCUUUGGUGUCGUUCUCUUUGAACUAGCAACAGGUCUUAAAGCACACGACAAAACACGAAAAAGUCUAUUCCUUUAUGAUCACAUGUCAAAGAUUGAUGAGUCAUCUAUUGACAAUAUAAAAAGGAUAAUUGACAUGUCGACACCUAAUGACGAUGCAUGCUUAAACUUGUGUCAAUUGAUGGUCUAUUUGGGAAAGAAGUGCUGUGAUUUUAAUCCAAACUUUAGACCUGAUAUGUUUAGUGUGUUGAAGGCAUUGGAAGCAUUUAAUCCUGUCAUAAAAGUGCAUGAAAGGGAAGCUUAGGAUUAGAUUUUGAGAUGCUGACUAAUUUUGAUAGAUUUUUAUAUUAAUGCUCAAGUAUCGAAUUAGUCGUCAUAAGUGGAUGACUUCCAAGAAAACCAGUGUUUAUUCUUUUAAAAGUGUAUUCAUAUCCAAUAUGAAUCAAUAUUUAAGUUGUGACAAUAUUAAGUUUUAUAGAAUUUUUACCCAGUUAUACUGUAUGUUAUAAAUUUAAUAAAGAGAUUUAUUAGUA